UUAAAACGGAUUAAAAUAUGUAUAAAAGGUGGAUGGAAGGAACUGAACCUCCGCGCUAUAAAAUAAAAUGUAUGUGCUGCUAAUGCUAAAGUACGACAUAGUAAUAUUAGUGCUAUUGACCACAGAUUCUCUUCCAAGCCUCCGGCCCUCACCUCAUUGAACUCUUUGAGUUGUGACCAGCACCGAAAGCAAUUCAAGACAGAGACCUCAAAACUCAUCAUUUUCUACCCGUCAUCGACUUCGACUUCCAUGGUUUGCUUCUGCUUUUUGGUGGAUCAGAAGAGGAUGGUAAGGCGGUGCAAGCCGGUGGCAGGGUCGUGUUCGCGGUGCGGUCGCGGGGCAAGCGUGGCCGAAAUGCGAACUUCCACGAGAUUCUGUUACAUUCCAUUUUAUUGGAAAUCUUGGAAGGCGAUCAUAUGCAGCUUCUGUGGAGCCGUUCUCAAAUCCUACAGAUAAACAACUCUUUCUUACCCUGUGGUGCGGGUGCCUUUCUUGUGCACAAUUUGUAUAUUGAGCUAGAAGCCAAGUGAUCAUGAUCAGAUUGAUGCUGAUCAUUCUUGGAAAGUCACAUCGAGCUGCUACUUUCUUUAGUAAUCAUGGAACUUCAGGGUUAAGCAUCGCGUUAAGGGGAAUAAGGAGGAAUGUUUCUUGGACAGUACAGCACCCACUGAAAGAAUCUAAUACUCAGUUUGCCGGAUGUUCUCAAACUUUGAGUUGAAGAGAAGAGGAGAAGUACGGGCCCUUUUUUUGUUUGUUUUUUUCCCCCUAACCAAUAUCUGUAUUUCAUAUAAGUACUUUCUUUAUCUCUUAUUUUUCGUAUCAGAAAUUUCAUCUGCUAAUCCCUGAUCAGCAUAUUUACCCAAAAAAUUUCUUUCUGCAUAUUUACCCAAAAAAUUUCUUUCUGCUCCCCCGUAAUUUCUGGGUUAGUGGAAACGAAGAAAAGUGUCAAUCCUCGACCUCGAGAAAUAUUUUGACAGUUGAAUACUAGUCAUCCUCAAGUUUUACCA